UCUCUGCAACACACUCUUAAUUUCAAAUCCCUAACAGAAAUCAUAUCCAAACCAUGGCCGGCGGAGCCUUUCAAAUUACCGGCGGCGCCGGCGGACAGUACACCGGAAAAAUCACAUGGUUCGUCGUAGUGUCUUGCGUCAUGGCCGCCAUGGGUGGCGUCAUCUUCGGGUACGACAUCGGAGUCUCCGGGGGGGUGACGUCGAUGGCGGCGUUUUUAAAGAAGUUCUUCCCGAAGGUUUACCGGAGGAUGGAGGAGGAAACGGCCGUUAGUAAUUAUUGCAAAUUUGACAGCCACCUGCUAACGUUGUUCACGUCGUCAUUAUACUUGGCGGGUCUUAUUGCCUCGUUUUUUGCAUCCUCCGUUACCACCGCUUACGGCCGCAAACCCUCCAUCCUCUUCGGCGGCGCCGCCUUCCUCGCCGGCGCCGCCCUCAACGGCGGCGCCGUCUCCAUCUACAUGCUCAUAUUCGGGAGAGUCCUGCUCGGCGUCGGCGUCGGCUUUGCCAAUCAGGCAGUGCCGUUGUACCUAUCGGAAAUGGCGCCGCCGAAAUUCCGAGGCUUCUUCAACAACGGCUUCCAAUUCAGCGUCGGAAUCGGCGCCUUAGCCGCCAACCUAAUCAACUACGGAACUCAGAAAAUCUCCGGCGGCUGGGGAUGGCGCCUCUCCCUUGCCCUCGCCGCCGUGCCGGCGGCGGCUCUAACCCUCGGCGCCAUCUUCCUCCCGGACACUCCCAACAGCAUCAUCCAGCGCGCCGACGACGGCCACGCCGCCGCCAAAAAGAUGCUUCAGCGCAUCCGCGGCACCGCCGACGUUGACGCCGAGCUGGAAGACCUAAUCCGCGCCGCCGAGACAUCCAAAGCUGCCGCCGCCGCCAACCCCUACCGGAAAAUCCUCCGCCGCCGCUACCGCCCCCAGCUAGUAAUGGCUGUCGCCAUCCCCUUCUUCCAGCAGGUCACCGGAAUCAACGUCAUCGCGUUCUACGCGCCGAUCCUCUUCCGCACGGUCGGCUUCGGCGAGAGCGCCGCCCUCCUCUCGAACGUGAUGACCGGCGCCGUCGGGAUCAUCACGACCUUCAUCUCGAUGCUAAUCGUCGACAGGGCCGGGCGGCGCGUGCUUCUAAUUUCCGGCGGCGGCGCGAUGCUGGUAUCCCAAAUUCUCGUCGGAACCCUAAUGGCGGCGAAGUUGGGGGACCACGGCGGGCUGAGCAAGGGGUACGCCGACGGCGUGCUGGUGCUGAUCGGCGUCUACGUGGCGGGGUUCGGCGUGUCGUGGGGCCCGCUGGGGUGGCUGAUUCCGAGCGAGAUAUUUCCGAUGGAGAUCCGGUCGGCAGGGCAGAGCACGGCGGUGGCGGUGAACUUUCUGCUGACGUUUGUGGUGGGGCAGAUGUUUCUGGCGAUGCUCUGCGGGAUGAAGGCCGGGCUGUUCUUCUUCUUCGGGGGGUGGGUGGCGGUGAUGACGGUGUUUGUGUAUUUGCUGCUGCCGGAGACGAAGAACGUGCCGAUGGAGCAGGUGGAGGGGAUAUGGCGGCGCCACUGGUUUUGGAAGAAGGUCGUCGGAGAAGAUGCGGAGGAAGAAGAAGAAGGGAGAAAGGUGGUCGGGGAUAGUAGCUUGUGACUAUUGUGUCCAUUUUGCUAUGACAUUAAAAAUAAUUAAAAAUGCAUUAGUAAAAAUAAUUAUUUUAUAAUAAAAAUAA